GCUAGUUUGACGAGUAGGAUCGAGCAGAACUCGGAGAGUCUGAUCCAGCAAAAACUUGAGUGUUUUCAUGGGUGUUCAUAAAGAGGGAACGAUAGCAAGCAAAAAUCUUUCUCAAGCAUCACCAAAAAUGGAAUCAUAUCUCCACAAGAACCAAGUAAAGUUAGUUUCAACUCCAGUUGAUUCGCAAGUUCAAUCCCAUUGUCUUCUCUGUUUGAGUAACAAAAGUUGCCGAAUAGUACGUUCAAGAACGAAGCUAAUGAACAUCUUGGUUGAAAAGGGGAAACCUCAAGAAGCUCAAUUCAUUUUCGAUAGUUUAGUUGAACAAGGACACAGGCCAACUACUGUGACAUACACAGCUCUUGUAGCUGCUUUGACUCGGCAGAAGCAUUUCAAGGCCAUUUCCAGACUUCUUUCGGAAAUCGAAAAAAAUGGCAUUAAACCUGAUUCCAUACUCUUCAAUGCCAUAAUCAAUGCCUUUUCUGAAUCUGGCAAUUUAGAAGAGGCCAUGGAAACUUUUCAGAAAAUGAAGGAAAGUGGAUGUAAGCCAACAACUAGCACUUUUAAUACACUCAUCAAAGGCUACGGACUUGCUCGUAAACCCGAAGAAUCUAUGAAGUUAUUAGAGUUGAUGAUGAGGACAACGAAUCUGAAACCCAAUAACCGGACUUAUAAUAUCCUUGUUGGAGCUUGGUGUAAGAAGAACAAUAUAAAGGAGGCAUGGAAUGUAGUGCAGAAGAUGAUCGCAUCUGGAGUUCAACCUGAUGUUGUCACAUAUAAUACACUGGCAAAGGCAUAUGCUCAGGAUGGGAAGACUAGCGAGGCAGAAAGUAUAAUAGAGGAGAUGCAUCACAACAAGGUAAAUCCCAACGAGAGAACGUGUGGAAUAAUUGUAAGUGGUUAUUGCGAACAGGGGAACUUGGUCGAGGCUCUGAGGGUCGUGUAUCGAAUGAAGGAUCUCAGUAUACGCCCAAACCUUGUUAUUUUCAACUCUCUUAUCAAGGGGUUCCUAGAUAUCGAGGACUCAGAUGGAGUUGAUGAGGCAUUGACAAUGAUGGAAGAUUUUGGGAUAAAACCAGAUGUGAUAACAUUUAGCACCAUUAUGAAUGGUUGGAGCUCAGCUGCACGUAUGGACAAAUGCCAAGAAAUCUUUGAUGACAUGGUGAAAUCUGGCAUUGAACCUGACAUCCAUGCUUUCAGUAUUCUUGCAAAAGGGUUUGUCCGUGCUGGCGAGCCUGCUAAGGCCGAGUCCCUGCUGAACUCCAUGAGCAAAUACGGGGUGAGACCGAAUGUCGUGAUUUUCACAACUAUCAUUAGUGGUUGGUGCACUGCAGGUAAAAUGGAGAAGGCAUGGAGGGCUUUUGAGCGUAUGUGUAACAUGAAUGUCUCCCCCAAUUUGAAAACUUUUGAGACCUUAAUAUGGGGCUAUGGAGAAGCAAAACAGCCAUGGAGAGCAGAAGACAUCCUUCACAUUAUGGAAGAAAAGGGUGUCGUUCCUCAAGACAGCACUCUCAAGCUCGUUUCUGAAGCUUGGCGCUCAAUCGGUAUGGAUAAAGAAGCCAUCGCCGAGCGAAUGGAGGGCAAUGAUACUCCAGCGAAGAGUUCAGAUGAUAUCCUCCAACCAGGAGUAGUAAUCAUAUCCAAUGGAAAUGGAUCUUAUUCCCAAACAAGAAGCAGGACACUCCCAAAAGGAAUAGAAGUUCCAUCUGGAAGUCCACGGAGCACCUCUACGUCGAUGCUCGUUUGUCGGGCACGUCGCUUUCGUCCACUGAUUGUAUGCAGAAACCAGAACCAUACCCAGUUUUGGAUAUGGAGGCAGCAUACCACUACACCUUGCAGAAUGAUGUACAUCCAUUAGCGACGAUGAGCAGACGACCAGCUGUUACAUGAAUCUGAUUCGAAAAAGUUGAUGAAGAGUGAUGGUGCUUGCUAUCUGAAACUAUAAAUGGCCAAGCAUUACAACUUCUUGUUCAUUUUUUCUUCGUUGGGAUCACUUUGUGUAAUUCAUAUAAAUGAUGUAAAUUCAUUGUUGAGGACCAAAACCCAAACUACAUAACCAUGUAAAUUGCUAUCCUGAUAAUAUAUCUUCCACUUCCUACAUUGUUAUUCGAA